UGGACCUGAGCAGAGAGAAGGAACGUACAGCAGGACACACCAACUUCUUCAGAAAGAGGUGGGGGGAUUUGCAGUUCUCGGUAUGUUUUUGAAUCAUCCCUGUUCCAGCUGAUUCUGAAGAAUUUGGGGAAAACAAUUCCCUCUGAAGAGCAGCUCCUACCAAAAUGGGUUACUUUGGCUUCAAUGUCCCCCCACUUUCCUUUCAUGGAAAAUCACUGUGACAUUUUAACCUUACCAUUCUUUAGGAGCCUUUUUUUUUUUUUUAAGUAGCAAACCAGUUGAAACUCCCAGUGCUAGACCUUCCGUCUUGCUAGUUGGCAUGGCUGCUGUACUUCUUAGGUUUGAAGACUUGAUUUACAGUUGGGACAGUCUAGUGUGGAACCUGACUACGCGAGUCCUAGGGACAUACCGGUUCAGAAAUCUUCAGGUGAUACGGCUAAUGCUUAAACCAUGGUGCAUCUCCAGAGCGGUGUAUCAGAUGACAGAGGGCCGCCGGUGUCAAGUGCACCUCCUUGAUGACAGGAAGCUGGAACUCCUUGUGCAGCCAAAGCUUUUGGCCAAGGAGCUGCUAGACCUGGUGGCAUCACAUUUCAAUCUGAAAGAGAAGGAAUACUUUGGAAUUGCCUUCACAGAUGAGACGGGUCAUCUGAACUGGCUUCAGCUGGACCGGAGAGUGCUGGAACAUGACUUCCCCAAAAAGUCUGGACCGGUUGUUUUGUACUUUUGUGUCAGGUUCUACAUUGAAAGCAUAUCCUACCUAAAGGAUAAUGCAACAAUUGAGUUGUUUUUCUUGAAUGCAAAGUCUUGUAUAUAUAAGGAGCUCAUUGAGGUUGACAGUGAAGUUGUGUUUGAACUGGCUGCAUACAUCUUGCAGGAAGCAAAGGGAGACUUUUCAAGCAAUGAAAUUGUAAGGACUGACUUAAAGAAACUUCCAGCUCUUCCAACGCAAGCACUCAAGGAGCAUCCAUCUCUUGCUUACUGUGAGGAUCGAGUUAUUGAACAUUACAAGAAGCUAAAUGGACAGACGAGAGGCCAAGCCAUUGUCAAUUACAUGAGCAUUGUAGAAUCCCUUCCAACAUAUGGUGUCCACUAUUAUGCAGUUAAGGACAAGCAAGGAAUUCCUUGGUGGUUAGGACUUAGCUACAAGGGGAUCUUUCAGUAUGACUACCAUGACAAAGUGAAACCAAGAAAGAUCUUCCAAUGGAGGCAGCUGGAGAACCUCUACUUCAGAGAGAAGAAGUUUUCUGUGGAAGUCCAUGACCCACGCAGGGCAUCUGUGACAAGAAGGACGUUUGGACAUAGUGGCAUUGCUGUGCACACGUGGUAUGCCUGUCCUGCCUUGAUAAAGUCCAUCUGGGCUAUGGCCAUUAGCCAACAUCAAUUCUACUUGGACAGAAAGCAAAGCAAGUCCAAAAUUCAUGCAGCGAGAAGCCUAAGUGAGAUUGCAAUUGACCUGACUGAAACUGGAACGCUGAAGACAUCCAAGCUAGCCAACAUGGGAAGUAAAGGAAAGAUUAUCAGCGGCAGCAGUGGAAGCCUUUUGUCAUCAGGUUCCCAAGAGUCUGAUAGCUCUCAGUCUGCGAAAAAAGACAUGCUGGCUGCCUUGAAAUCCAGGCAAGAAGCUCUAGAGGAGACACUGCGCCAGCGCCUGGAGGAACUAAAGAAACUGUGUCUCCGAGAAGCGGAACUUACAGGAAAAUUGCCAAGAGAAUAUCCCCUCGACCCAGGGGAAGAGCCCCCAAUUGUGCGAAGAAGAAUAGGUACUUCUUUUAAACUGGAUGAACAGAAAAUCCUGCCUAAAGGAGAGGAAGCUGAGCUGGAACGCUUGGAAAGAGAAUUUGCCAUUCAGUCACAGAUCACGGAAGCAGCUCGACGCCUAGCCAGCGACCCAAAUGUCAGCAAAAAACUGAAGAAACAAAGGAAAACCUCCUACCUUAAUGCACUGAAAAAGCUUCAGGAGAUUGAAAAUGCCAUCAAUGAGUAUCGUAUCAAAUCUGGAAAGAAGCCAACACAAAGAGCCUCCCUGAUUAUAGAUGAUGGAAAUAUUGCCAGUGAGGAUAGUUCCCUCUCAGAUGCCCUUGUUUUGGAGGAUGAAGACUCUCAGGUUACCAGCACAAUAUCCCCUUUACAGUCACCUCACAAAGGACUCCCUCCUCGCCCACCCUUACAUAAUAGACCACCCCCUCCCCAGUCUCUGGAGGGACUCAGACAGAUGCACUAUCACAGGAAUGACUAUGACAAGUCCCCUAUCAAGCCCAAGAUGUGGAGUGAGUCAUCCUUGGAUGAACCCUAUGAGAAGGUCAAGAAGCGCUCUUCACACAGCCAUUCCAGCAGUCAUAAGCGGUUCCCCAGCACAGGGAGUUGUGCAGAAGCUGGAGGGAGCAGCUCUCUACAGAACAGUCCCAUUAGGAAUCUUCCCCACUGGAACUCCCAGUCCAGCAUGCCAUCAACACCAGAUCUACGGGUACGCAGUCCGCAUUAUGUGCAUUCCACUAGGUCAGUAGACAUCAGUCCUACCAGAUUGCAUAGUUUAGCUCAGCACUUUAGACACAGAAGCUCCAGCUUAGAGUCCCAAGGAAAGCUCCUUGGGUCAGAAAAUGAGACAGGGAGCCCUGAUUUCUACACCCCCAGGACUCGUAGCAGUAACGGCUCAGACCCCAUGGAUGACUGUUCCUCCUGCACCAGCCAUUCCAGCUCUGAACACUACUACCCUGCCCAGAUGAAUGCAAACUAUUCUACGCUGGCUGAGGAUUCUCCUUCCAAAGCUCGAGAGCGCCAGAGGCAGAGGCACAAGUCGGCGGGGAAUCUUGUCUCCUCUAAUUCAGGGAGCAUGCCCAACCUGGCUGCCAGGAACGGGACCACCCACCACGGCGUCUAUCUGCAUAGCCAGAGCCAGCCUUCCUCCCAAUACAGGAUCAAAGAGUACCCACUGUACAUUGAAGGCAGUUCCACACCCGUGGUGGUGCGCAGCCUGGAGAAUGACCAAGAGGGACACUAUAGUGUAAAAGCACAAUUUAAAACAUCCAACUCGUACACAGCAGGGGGAAUGUUUAAAGAGAACUGGCAUGGGGAUGAAGUGGACUCUAUAAGAUUGACUCCCUCCCGUUCUCAGAUCAUACGGACUCCAUCUCUGGGCAGAGAGGGUCAUGAGAAGGGGUCAGGAAGGACAGUCGUGUCUGAUGAACUGAGGCUGUGGUACCAUCGGUCCACAGCCUCCCACAAAGACCACAGCCGCUUGUCGCACACAAGCUCCACUUCCUCGGAUAGUAGCUCCCAAUACAGCACCUCCUCUCAAAGCACCUUUGUGGCUCACAGCAGGGUAACAAGGAUGCCUCAGAUGUGUAAAGCAACAUCAGCUGCCUUACCUCACAGCCAGAGGAGUUCUACCCCAUCUAGUGAGCUAGCAGCUACUCCACCAAGCAGCCCACAUCACAUCCUAGCCUGGCAGACAGGAGAUGCAACAGACAACUCACCCACUAUGGAUGAGUCUCAGUCUCCAACUCAACAAAGUACUGAUGAAUAGAGGUAUAGUGAGGGGAUGUUUUGAAUUUUGAAACCCACACCCCAUCCCUCUGACCCACCAUUAUGCUUUGUUAUUGUCUUUGUUUUGUAAAUCAGGUUGUAGUGGAACUGCUUUUGACUCAUGUUAGAAAAUAAUGGAAAUUGAGUGCAAGACAGUUUGAUUACUAGAUUUAGAAUCAUAGGCCCCAUACAGACAGGCCAAAAUAAAGCUGCUUCGGGUCACUUUGGAGGUAUGCUGUUUAAAUGAUGCAUGCAUCCUAAGAGUCCAGAAGCAGCACCAAAGCCACGAUCAGUCCUAAGGUGACCCGAAGCAGCUUUAUUUUGGCCUGUCUGUAUGGGGCCAUAGAAUCCUAGAGUUGAAAGAAAGGACAAGGGUCAUCCAUCCAGUUUAAAAUGUUGCUUACAUAUAAAGACCAUAUGCAAAGAGGCAAUCAGCCUAAAACUUAGACCAGAUCUCUAAAAGAGAGAACUGAUUUGAAAAUUUCUUAGAUAACUCACUAGGGGAUAUGACAGCAGGGUUUCAGAUUACCUCCACUCAGGUUUCAGUUCCCUAAAGUAGUUUACCUGCAUCUAGUUCACCGCCCAUGCUUUUCUAUCUUGAUGUACAGUACUUACUGGAUCUGCUGCUGCUCAUGUUUUCUUCCUUUCCACUGCCAAAACUACAAAGGAAAGAGAACCUAUCUUGGCAUCAGCCUCAUGGUACAGAGAUCUCUCUUCCCAUUUUAGUGAAACAAAUUGCCUGCACAGAAUCAGGGGCUGCAGCAGUCAUGUUAUGGACUGAUACUUUGUUGAAUCAGAAGUUUCAAGUUAGUUUGUAUUCUGGUGGUUGGCAGAAUUUGCCCAAUAUUUUGGGAACAUUAUCUGCCAUAAGCAAGCAGCAAGUUAUGAUGAUCUCUUUAAAUUAAUAGCAUCUAAAUAUUACCCCUUAAAUUUAUCAAGACAAGGUACAACUGGGUGCUUCUGGAAGCAUACUAUAGCUGGGUUAACAAAGAAUUGAAAAUAGGAUCCAAGUUAAUGAGUUUUCCUCAACCUAACAAGAAAAUGGCUCUCUGUAAAGCAGGCAUAGGCAACUGUGGAAGUCAUUAAGAGACCUGGGAGGGCUGCACCCACUCAGAAAAAAACCCAAAAGGUGGGGCACUUAGGAUCCUGUGCAAAUCAGAUUCUUCACCUUCCCAAUAUACUACUUGCAGUGAUAGGUCAUAGAGGAAGGAUUGCCAUCACUAAUCAGGUUAGCCUAAAGUGGACAACUUUCAUGUUUUGCUCCUGUACAAGUCUCAGUAGCCUGAAACCUGGAAAUUUUAUUAUGUGAAAGUCUUCUCUGGCAUAGAAAUAUGGUGAGAACACAUUCAUUCAUUACAUGUCAGGCCAUCAGGCUGCUAUGCAAACUACAGGAGUGGGACAAAUGAGUAAGUAGUAACCUAAUUUGCACUUGAGAUCACUUUUGGACUCUUACCUCCCAAUCCCAUAAUAGUAGAACAAAGUAGAACACCGUUUGUGCACUUUUCAGUCUGCAUGUGUGUCACUAUACAUAUCAUAAUCUUUGUAUUCCUACUCCUCUUUUACUUAUUCUAGGCAUGCCUUUCUUUCCUAAAUACAACUGUUGCCUCCAUCCACCCUGCUCUUUCCGUCACCUAAAUUUUGAACAGUUCUGUGCCUCUGCAACUUAGUUGGGGAAAGAAUAAAGAUUGUAACCUCCUCCUGCGGUGAUUAAAUUGCUUUGUUGGCCCUGCCCAAGGGAAAUGAGCUUGAAGUAUGAGCAAUAAGACAAAGUCUCCUCCCCAUGUUUCGUGUACCUUCAAUAAUGUGCCCAGCCUCUAUCAGCUGUCACUUGCCUCAGCACAUGCAGUAUUCCAUUAACCUAAGGAAAAAAGUUUUGCUUCUAUUUAGAUUCACCUUGGGCAGGUUUGUCUAUCAUGUGCUUCAGUCUAAAGAUGUUAAGGAAUUUAAAGAGAACAAGUUAGAUUGUUAGAUUACUCUUAUAUAUUUACUGUUUUUAUGUACAACGCUGUGCAAAUCUGCAGCGCUAAAUAAAUAAAUAAAUAAAUAUUAAAUUCCUAUUUUUAAAAUUUAAUUUAGAGGAUGUAUUUAGAGAAGCCCAAAAAUAUUUUUAAGGCAAGAAGGGCUGCCUAUAUCUAAAAAUCUCUACAUCAGGAGAGAUUUAAGAUGAAAUUCAAACAAAGAAGAAAUAAAAUGUCAUUUUCACAAGUUGGUAGGCACAUUUGGGAUGAAAAGGAUAAAAAUACUAAAUUUCACAGUCAGCAAGGGGUUUUGCCCUCACACAGUACUGGGCAUCAUUUUUCUGAUGAAGCACUAUAAAUUCUGUAGCUACUCUAGAUAACUUGCUGAACAAUAAAAAAAAAGACUAUAAAUUGUGCAGACUAGCAUCAGUAUCCUCUAACAUUAUUGAUCUGGGCAGACACCAAAUUACAGCCAUAAUGAAAGAAGGUUCGCACAACAUUACAUGAAAGCAAUGGGAGAGAAUAUGCUUCAAUCCAUCCUCUCAGGCCUGACCGUUGACCCUCUUGUGUGACUGCAAUUUUCCUGUCUUGGCCAAACAUGUUAAUUUGCCCUUGCACCUCAUCUCUCUCUAGGAGCUACAAUGACAGCUGUUACCUGGAUUCUCCCAUCUAUCCAGAACUAGCUGAUGUUCAGUGGUAUGGACAGGAGAAAGCCAAGCCUGGAACUCUAGUGUGAAUCCCCUUGACCUCAGCCGUUCAAACGCAUCAAUGCCAUUCUGAAAAUCACCUCACUGCCUCUCAUUUGCCUUACCCAGAUGCACUGGCGCCUGACACCAGCUUCAAGUCAAAGCACUUUUUGCAUAAGGCAACUGAAGAUGACAUUACAGAACCAUCAACCUCUCCAUGGUAGAUCUCUAUUCAGUCAAUAGUGUGGGUGGGUUGGGGGAAUCCUGCACUCUUGGUUAACUGCAGGUCUACCAUGUGUCUCACACAGCUCAGCCAAGAGCAGAAGGCAAUUAACUGGAUUUUAAGAAGACACCAGUGAGAGGAAACAGUAAAUUCAAACCAUUUGUUGCAUAAAUAAUCUUAUUCUUCAGUGUGUAAAACUAUUCUAACAUAUAAUUUGAACUCAAAACUUAAAAUACUGGUUAAAUAUAAUGCAACUGUUACCAUGAAAGACACAUUUAAUCACAGAAAAGAAUGGAGAGUGGGGAAGAGAAAAAUGCUGUCAUUUUAGAAACAGGCCAGAAUAUUGUGAUUUCUGUGCUGCCAAAGAUUUCAGUACCUGCUACGAAACCAUUUUUGGAAUAGCCUUGUAUAACCUGCUCUCCAUCUUUUUCAUGCUGAUGCUCUAAAACCUCAUACAAUAGUACAGAUAUGUCCUGCAUGUACAAGUCAUGAAUUAUUUUCCACUGUGCAACAGAAGCACUGUUGUACACACAUCAACAAUGUGUUUGCAGACUGACCCAGUCAUUGACAUGUGUUAUCAUUUUGCCCGGGGGUUAUGUAGGGCUGGUAUAGAGUAUCUCUGCAAGAGCAUAUUUACAGUACACUGAUGGGAUAUUGGAUUGAAACCAUUGUUGGCAAAUACCAGUCAGGAAAGAACACUGGAUCGAUGAAGACGGGAAUGAGCAAGGAAAGAAAUUGCUUAUUUUAAUAUAGUUGUAACUAGUUGCAAGCAAAACCGCCAGUAUUUUUCUUUUAAAGAAUUUCUGCACUCAAUUGAGAAGUAAAAUACCAAAAUAUUUUACAAAUAAAGAAACAGAAAAAAGCA